AUUUGGAACAUCAUCAGUAAAAUACUCUUAAGGUUGAUUUUCUAAACUUAAUUUAAAACAUAUAUAAAACAUGAACCAUCUGGUUAGGAUUUACCUGUCACUACUGUUGCCUCUUUUGUCCUUCACUGAUGGCGGAACACUCCAAAUGUUUGAGGCUUUAAAUCAAACGAACCAGGUGAUAAGAGAAACACCGACUCUGCCGCCGCCAUACUUGCACCUCCCCGUGUUCGUGGACUCCUGGCUGCCGCUGGUGGAUAAGGAGCAUUUUUCUCCAUCCAAAGGCACCGGACUGGAGCCUUUACCCAAGCCCGUCCGGGAGAUCCUGUUCCCGGUUCUGCUUAGCACCAGUCCGCCCAGCAUUUCGAGUGGUUCCGUGACGACUUCGUGCAAGUUUAACAAGAUGCUCGUGCAGGUGCAGAGGAGCAUUAUGGGCGCCGGUGGGCCAGACUCUCAACUCAAACUGGGGACAUGCCAAGCCAGUAAACUCACGAGGGAUUACCUGUAUUUUGACUAUGACAUUAGCAUGUGUGGAACCAGACGCACGAUAAUAAAUAACAAGCUGGCCUAUUCAAACAUACUACAGUAUGACCCACUAAUGCUCCAAGGACCAAUCAGGCGAGCUGCUCCUUUCACCAUCCCUGUUGCAUGCUAUUAUAACAGGUACCAAUACUCCUACAAAAUUGGCUACACGCCCAAGAUGCAGAUGCGCAAGAUCUUCACACCAAUGAAGAGCGGAGCUAAAUUCAUUCUUACUCCACGAAAUGCUCAGUGGGAAAGACUUUCUCCGUCAGAUCAGUACAUGCUCGGGUACCCCAUGUACUUUGAGGCCAAUGCUAAGUCUAUUUCCCAAAACGAAAGAUUGUACGUUAACUUGUGUUACAUAACUCCUGAGAAGUCCCACGCCUCCACGCCUCAAUUUGCAGUUGUGAAAAACUUUGGGUGUAUGGUUGAAAGCAAGGACAGUCACUCCAGAUUCAUCCCUUACAAAAACAAUGCUGUGAGAUUCUCUGUGGAUGCCUUCUUGUUCACCGGAAUGAUGGGGCAGCAGCUCUACAUGCACUGCUCCAUGUCUGUUGGCAGUCAUGUCCCCACACCUAUAGCGAAGUCCUGCAACUAUGACACAAAAACAAGAAGAUGGGUAGAGCUGUAUGGACCAGACUCGGUGUGCACCUGCUGCGACUCCAACUGUAGCUCUGCUACAUCCAAAGUCACCAAAAUAAUCAGCAGCAGGCCGUGGACAAUACAGCCUAAAGUGAAACCCAUUACAGCCCCGUCAAGGAGGACAGUCCCCCCCACAACAAUAACUACAACAACAGCAGCAGCACUACAACCAGAGAUGACCAGGGAGGUGACUAAAUGGAGGAUGACUUCACAGCCUGAAGUGAUAGCAGGGACUCUGAUGGGUAAGGUGGAGAACACAGGGAAGGAGUUGGAGGGGAUAGUUGGAGGUGAAGGAGUGACAUGGGUUGAGAUGGAAGGUGAGGAGAAACGGGUGAAAGGCUCUGCUGAUGUGGUGGAGGAGGUCACAGAACCUCACACAAUAUUUGAAGACAUCUUUGAUUUUGACAAAUAAAGCUGACAUUUGUACAGUGUUAAGUUUCA